CCAGGCCUACCUCAGGAGCGCCAGAGAGGCCAUGAAUUCCUUUUGGAAGUAUAUUUGAGCUUGCUUGGACACCAUGAGCAAAAGCUCACCCUCCCAAGUUAAAAAAAAUUUAUGGACAAGAAGUUAUCAUUGAAAUUAAAUGGUGGCAGACAAGUCCAAGGAAUAUUGCAGGAAUUUGAUCACUUUAUGAAUCUUGUGAUAAAUGAAUGUGUGGAGAUGGCAACUGGUGGACAACAGAACAAUAUUGGAAUGGUGGUUAUACAAGGAAAUAGUAUCAUGAUGUUAGAAGCCUUGGAAGGAAUGGCUGUAGUUACCAGAGAAAUCAACUGCUUCCACACGUCCCCUCUCCACAGCACCUGUUUUGCUACAAUAUAAAAAUAGAAUCUUGUCCAUUUUCACAUUGAAUUUUUGUUAAAUAAACUUUCGUAUUG